AUGGCUGAGUCAUCAUCUUCAUCGGGUUCUGCAUCGGAUGUAGAGCCUACCGAUCCCAACAUGUACAUCAUACCGGGGCCGUACAGAUGGGAGGUCCUUCUUAAGAGGACGCAGAAAGCUCAUAUUUCACAGCGAGUGUGGAAUACAGAGCAUGUAAGGAAAAUAAAGACUAGACGUAGGAAGCCAUCUGGGGGGCCACCUAUAGGUGCUAUCCCAGAGGUUGUCGCAGACUACCUGACACAGAUCGAUGCCCCUUUAACUAGUGCUCUGGUCGAGAGGUGGAGACCAGAGACACAUACUUUCCACAUGACCCAAUGUGAGAUGACUAUCACCUUGCAAGAUGUGGCAGACAUAUUGGGGUUGCCUACUGACGGGGAUGUCGUCACCGGAUCCACCUCUGAGGAUUGGCCCGCUGUUUGUGGGGCUGUGGCCACCAACAAUUUGCCUUUGUACUUCCCAUAUAAAUGUGUUCCAUUAAUUUGA